AUGGCCAGCCAGUUCUGCCUUCCUGUUGCCCCGAACCCCUCGUCCUUGAAACUCUUGAAGUCACACCUUCAGGAGAUCCAGGUGGGCCUCCGAGUCGCAAUCCAGCGCAGUGACAAGCGAAUCCAUCUGGCUGUGGUCACAGAGAUCAACAAGGAGAACUCGUGGGUCACGGUAGAGUGGGUGGAGAAAGGGGUCAAGAAAGGCAAGAAAGUUGAGCUGGAGACCAUCUUCCUUCUGAACCCAACUCUAGCCUCUGCAGAACACCCCAAAGCACCCACGCCCUUGAGCCUCGCUUCCCUGGUGCCUUCUUCGGCCACUGGAGACCAGCGCACAGCCACUCGGUGGAUCGCAAGGAUCUCGAAGAAAAGUGAAACACCCUCAGGGGACAGCCCAGCUGUAGGGGUGCCCGGCCACCCUUGUUUGAUGAAGCAAAAAAAGUCUCCCUGCUUAAGGGAAAUUGAGAAACUGCAGAAGCAGCGGGAGCAGCGUCAGCGGCUCCAUCUGGAAAUCCGAUCUAAGCGUGCCCUGGAUGUCAACAAGGGAAACCGGAACCAUGAGAUCAUGUGCAUGAUCGAGGAGUACCGCAGGCGCCUGGAUAAAAACCUGCUGUGCAGCUGUGAGCCCCCAGAAGACCACCGAAUCUGCGUCUGCGUGAGGAAGCGGCCCCUCAACCAGCAGGAGACCACCAUGAAAGACCUGGAUAUCAUCACCAUCCCCUCGGACAAAGUGGUAAUGGUGCACGAGUCCAAGCAAAAGGUGGACCUCACGCGCUACCUGGAGAACCAGAUAUUCUGCUUUGACCAUGCCUUUGAUGACACUGCCUCCAAUGAACUAGUGUACCAGUUCACAGCGCAGCCGCUGGUGGAGUCUAUCUUUCGCAAGGGCAUGGCCACCUGCUUUGCCUAUGGGCAGACAGGUAGCGGGAAAACACACACCAUGGGAGGAGCUUUCUCUGGAAAGGCACAGGACUGUUCCAAAGGUAUUUAUGCCUUGGUCGCACAGGAUGUCUUUCUCUUGCUCAAAAACCCCACUUAUGAGAAGUUCAACCUUAAAGUCUACGGGACGUUCUUUGAGAUUUACGGGGGCAAGGUGUAUGACCUGUUGAACUGGAAGAAGAAACUGCAAGUCCUGGAGGACGGCCGUCAGCAAAUCCAAGUGGUGGGACUGCAGGAGCGGGAGGUGUGCUGCGUGGAGGAAGUGUUGAGCGUGGUUGAGCUGGGGAACAGCUGUCGGACUUCAGGGCAGACCUCAGUCAAUGCCCAGUCCUCCAGGAGCCACGCAGUGUUCCAGAUCAUCCUGAAGUCAAGAGGGAAGCUGCAUGGCAAGUUCUCUUUGGUUGACUUGGCUGGGAAUGAAAGGGGAGCAGACACAGCCAGGGCCAAUCGGAAGAGACAGCUGGAAGGGGCAGAGAUUAAUAAGAGUCUCCUAGCUCUCAAAGAGUGCAUCAGGGCUUUGGGGAAGAACAAGCCUCACACACCAUUCAGAGCCAGCAAACUCACACAGGUGCUCAGGGACUCCUUCAUAGGCCAGAACUCCUCCACCUGCAUGAUCGCCACCAUCUCCCCAGGGAUGACCUCCUGCGAGAACACCCUCAACACCCUGAGAUACGCACACAGGGUGAAAGCGCUCACCCUGGAUAUGAGGUGUUGUCCUCGUAGUCUCUAUCCCGUGGGACACGAGGCUCCACAGAUGUCGGAAAAACAGAUCAGGAAUUCAGACAUGUCCCUCCAGAGGCACGGAUUUAUGAAAACACCUUGCAUAGAGAACGAUGAGGAUAAACAGAGUAAAGACGCUGAAACAUUGCCCACCAACCUAGCGAAACCAGCAACCCAGAAGGAGUCUCGCGAGUGGUGGCAGAACAUCCAGGAGGCAGCUGAGGGCGUCAAUUACGACGUUGACUUCUGCAUUGCCCAAUCAUUGUCCAUUUUGGAACAGAAAAUUGGUGUGCUGACUGAGAUUCAAAAGAAACUGAAGUUUCUACGUGAUGACUUCCAAAAGAAGAACCGAGUCCAGUGAAGGUUAAAGGAAGAUGCUGCGACUGAGGCAAUGGAUGCCCUACUGCAGUGCCUACUUCUUUUGUACAGGGAACUAUUCCAAAAUGCCUAAAUAUAAAGAUCCUCCUAAAAU